CUUAAGCAUGUGACUAGUCAUGUGAUCUGCUGAUGUCACAUUCCAGCCCCAGCACAUGGGAACUUCUACUUCCUGUACCUGGAGAGCAGGCUGUUUGUUGAGGAGAUCCCAUGUCUGCUCCUGAGAGAAGAACCCGGUUCAGUCCAGAGUUGGUUGAGGAACCAGAGGAACGUUGUCCAUUAGAGGAGCAGAGAGAGCGAUGGGAGCGCAAGAGACUGACAACAGCCAAAGCCCUGAUCCAAACGGAGCGGCAAUACCUGGAGCAACUGGAACUGAUAACCCGAAUUUAUCAUGACGUUUUCCGCGCUCGAUGCGGUCGGCUAAAAAUUGCUGAGACGGGAAUCUGCGGCCACAUCCCAGAAAUCCUUGUGGCAAACAGGCUCCUCCUCUCAGCGAUGGAUCUCGGUGACUUUGGAUCUGGAUUUGAAAACUUUACAGAAUCUCUGAGUCUGUAUAAGAAGCAUGCGGAUAGUAUAGAGCCCACAGUACAGGUAUUACAGUACCACACGAAGAAGAAGAAGAAAUCCUUCAUGCGAUUCAGGAAGCUCCAGGAAUCUCGCUCGGAGCUGAAGGGACGACCAUUGGAGCAGCUCCUGGAACUGCCGUUACUCCGUGUUCUUGAGUACAGACAUUACCUGAGAGAUUUGGCAGAGAACAGCCGCCCGGGAGCCAGUGACUUUGCCAAACUGACCAGUGCUCUCCAUGCAGUUAGUGAUGUGUGUCAGUACAUAGAUACUAUUGCUCAGGACUGUGACAAUGAGCGGCACCUCCGAAGGGUCCAGAGCUUGAUUAAAGGUCGUCGGGUCCGGAUUCUCAUUCCAGGGCGGCGCUAUAUCCGGGAGGGUUGGCUCUCACUUGUACCACAGAGUGGGGAGGAGGUGAAGCAGCGAAUGUUCUUCUUGUUCUCUGAUGUCCUCGCUGUCACUUCUCCCUGUCACCCGCUGCACCCAAUCAACUGUCACAAGUUUACUUGUCGCUCCCUUUAUCCCCUGAGAGAGUGUCACGUGGAGAGAGUCCUGGGACACACCCAGAGCCAGGGAGGCCUAAUAAGUGUUUCCUUUGCUAAAGAGAAGCUUCUCCUCAUGUCGACUGAUCAGACGGAUAUAAACGACUGGUACAAGUGCCUGGUGGGUGCUGUGAGGAAAUUUCAUUCAAACAGCAGAAAAAACACAAAAACAGCACCUGGUGAUCAACUGGUGGGAGAAGAGGAAGCCAAAGCGCAAGCUCUUCAGCCAAAAGUCACGAAGAGGAGUUGGGAUAGAGAAGUGAAGGAGGGUCGCCAGGCACAGCGUUGUCCUGACUUCAUGUCACAUGAGGAAACUGCACCUAAAAAAGCCAAGAUUGUGAAUGACAGGUCCCUCCAGUCGUGCCCCCCUGCUGAUACACAAGAGGCCAGCGCUGGAUGGAGCUGCUCCCUGCUCUGACUCUUUACUACUGGGAUGAAGAAAGUUCUAGUUUCCCUGCAUUCUCUCUGGGACUUUCUCUGUGAUUGACUGUGACAGAGCAUUAUGGGGAUUGGAUAGUGCAGGGCUACUUUCCAGACAUGUAUUGUUUAUAACUAAAGUGUGAAUUAAUGAAGGACUGGGGGUUAAAUAAAUGGGUCAAAAACAAACAUCUAUAACUUUGGAAUUAUGGGAUAAAUCAAGUAUUUUUAUAAAUUGGGUGGAAAAAUACAUUUGUUUUGAUUUUAUAUAUUUUUAACACUAUUUUAACAUUUCUGAAGGAAAUUCUAUGCAAGAAAGUGGUGAGAAACCACAAAAUAAACUGAUGUUUCUG